AUGCUGCAUACCAGCUCCUCUAUGACCAAGAGUGAGCCAAAUAAGAAACAGAAGUUAUCUAAGGAGGACUCACUCAUGGGAGAAAAGGAGGGAAAGAGAGAAGGGCGUUGCCAUACUGUUAAGGACCAUCCUUCGGUCCUCGACGGCCUCGUUCUUUACUUUAUUCCCAAUAAUAUUAUCUCACAGGCCAGACGGAUCCGUAUUUCUAGGGCAAUCGAAUUCGGUGCGACUCGGGCUACGAAAUUCGACAACUCAGUCACACACAUAGUCGUGGAAAAGCGGCUUACCUACGACGACGUGGUUAAGUAUCUACAGGUCUCGUCAGUUCCGGCCGAGACUAUCCUGGUUAACGAGAACUAUCCGUCGGAAUGUAUAAUGAAUAGGAGGAUACUAGAUGCAUCUAGCCCUCGUUUUCGAAUUAACGGUGCAUCGAAGCCGACACUGAAAACCUCACCUGACCAGGAACGUCGGGAGUUUUCUACCUCGUUAAGUAUGCAUAAGGAUGGUGAUGACGAAAAGGCCGAAGGAGAGCCGUCGGCGGGUUUAGGACUACCUAUUCCUGCAAACAACGUUGUCUGCGAAACAAGCAGCAGGGACGAUUCUCAUAGACAGGAACCAGAUCACCUGGAUGCCGCAAUUAAGCACAUAAAAGAGAUUGCCGCUCUCCCCCUGGAUUCUUCUGGCGAGGAGGACAAUGCCGUAGUUCCCGAAGGGCUCGACUCUAGCACCACAAGGAACCCGGCAUGGCAAAAGUCAUUUACUUGCAUGAGUAAAAUGGACGGAAAGGAUCGUGCGAAUAAUUCCAAUUCUCGGACCAUCGAGGUUUUGCAGCAGAUGUUGGACUACUACGAGCGCACGGCCGACCAGUGGCGUUGCCUUGCAUACAGGCGUGCAAUCGCAGCGCUACGUAGGGAGAACGAGAAGAUAGCCACAAAAUCCCAGGCAUUAAAAAUCCGCGGAAUAGGGGAUCGUCUGGCGGCUAAAAUUGAGGAAAUCGUAUGGACUAACCGGCUCCGAAGAUUAGAGCAGGCGAAUCUAGAGCCGAAUGACGUCUUGCUAUCCCAGUUCCUUAAAAUAUAUGGAGUUGGGUUCCAGCAAGCUUCAAAAUGGAUUGCGCAGGGGUAUAAAUCAUUGGAUGAUUUGAAAGAUCGAGCACAUUUAACUACUAACCAGAAGAUUGGAAUUGAGCGGUAUGACGACUUCCAGAAACGAAUACCCCGAGAAGAAGUAGAGACACACGGUGCUAUUGUGCGAGAGGUAAUCCUGGACGUCGAUGACUCCUAUACUGUCAUCAUCGGGGGUUCCUAUAGGCGUGGGGCAGCGGACAGCGGAGACAUCGAUCUGAUUCUGAGUAAAGAAGGCGCGUCCCUACAGGAGAUAAAUGACCAGAUCAUGACCAUGGUUGUUCCACGGCUCUUUGAACGAGGGUUUCUAAAGACGGGGCUUGCCGUGUCCUCGCGUGCAGAUGGUUCGAAGUGGCAUGGGGCAUCGGCGCUUCCUGGAAAUCCAGUAUGGCGACGGAUAGACCUCUUGUUUGUCCCCGGUGACGAGCUCGGCGCUGCACUGAUAUACUUCACGGGCAACGAUAUAUUCAACCGAAGCCUACGACUGCUGGCAGGUAAAAAGGGCAUGUGUUUGAACCAGAGGGGCCUUUUCCAAGAUGUCAUCCGGGGCUGGCCACCUCUUGGAGAGCCGCGACGAGAAACGGAUCUUCGAGCUUCUUGCUGUGCCGUGGAGGCCACCCGAGCAUCGUCAAGCUCUUACUGGAGACUUGCCUUUUAUUUUAAUGACCGGCUGCCCUCUGCCACCAUGGGCCGCAAGCCGAAUACGCUUAUCACCGAGUUCUUUCACCGUGGUGAAAAGCUCCCUGAUUCUAGCAAUCGAUACGAGCAUACGUGCAGGCUCUGUGGAGAGAAGUUCUCGAAAGGCCGCCCAGAUACUCUGAUCAACCAUAUCUCGAAAAUAUGUCCGGCUAUUUCCACGGCGGACAGGGACCGGGUGGUCUACAUGUCCGGCAUAACCGCAAAUGGACAGCGAGACAAGGGCGCUGUACGCCAGGGCCAACCCAAUGCCGACUCUAGUAGCGCAAAAAUGACCAAUUCGACUCGUGGGAAACGCGCCACAAACUUCCAAAAUGGUCCUAGUCUGAAUGGCCUCAAUGUGCUUGCCGAGGCGUCAAGGAGAGUCGGGGCUUCGAGUGAAGGGCAGCUAUACGACCGUAUAUUUGAGCUUAAUGCUGCAGAUCGGGAUAUGGUUGUUGAUCCAGCCCUCGAGAAUUCGACAAAAUUCAACCUUGAAGCUGAAUUAAAUCACGCCGAGUUUGUCCACGCCUCUUCACCCACUGCUCCAUUCUUCUCAGCGUCGUCUGUAGACGCCAGCUCGCCUCUUCCAAUGCCUGCUGUACACUCUCUGCUCCCGGUUGAUUCGCAGCCAGAUCCCCAGUCAUCACACCUCUCCUUGAUUGCUGCCUCUGCGAAUGAGAUGGUGACGGAAGAUGCGGGUGCCUCCUUGGAAUCAGCAACUAUGUGCAACCCAAAGCCUGAUGCGUGGCCCAUGCCCUCCCACACAGAAGCGCAAUCAUCGACUCUAGAUAUCUCACCUCAAAUCGAAAUGACAACUGCAGACGAGAUGAUACUGCAGAACCAUAUCAAUUCUGAGUUGAAUCUACCUUCCAGCUCUCAUGAACGGCCGGGUGCCUACCUUCGGCCUCUUGCUACGAACCCGGAGACCCAGCCUGGCAGUGAAUUUUACUGUGAGGUAGUCGAUUCUAAGAAAUCGAAUAAAAAGAGAUCAACCUUCUCUGAAGAAAGGCGGAAGGAAGUUCGAGUGGUGAGGAAGAUGGGUGCCUGUCUUCGGUGCCGGAUGCUUAAGAAAACGUGCUCGGCUGGGACACCUUGCGGGCAAUGCAGGAAUCUUCAGAACCCGCGCGUCUGGAUGGAAUGCUGCAUCAGGGCUCGCCUUAUGAAUCAGCUUGAAUCCUAUUCCAUCGGGUUGCAUUCAACAAUGGCUUACCACGACAUUCGAAGUAUUAAAAAUGAGAUACAGUUUGAGCCCUCUGCGGGCCGUAUCGAAGUUAUGCAUUUCGAACUAGACUCUCUAAGCUUUCUUACAUUUUCUGUUUUAUACGGACAAAGACAGGCCGGUCAAACCAUCGACCCCCAGAUGUCUACCUCUUCUACUGACCCUAUGCACGAUGGGUCAUUGCAAUACGUACAUUUACUCGACGGCGAGAUUGAAGAACUGAGUUCUAAACUCGAGCUGUAUAUUAACAAAACAUCGCACCUGUUCAUCGAGAGCGAACAAUCCGAUUUUAUCCGGCAGACGCUUCUUCUAGCGUCAGAACUUGCUAAAGAGCAUGAGGAUGAAAUGUUAAACGCCGCAGUGGAAUUAUGGGUAGCUACCGCCAUACUAGUAGACCCAUUCCUCAAAUGGACAGUUUAUAUGAAUCCAACCUUACCUACAAUGACGAAACGGCCGCUUACCUCGACCUCAAAUGAGUCCCGAAUCCCAAUAAAUGGGAUGAAUCAAUUAGAGUCGUACUCUUUGCUAUGUACACAGUUGCGCUCUGCUGUCGAAAAGAGAGCGGCGAGAGUAUGCAGGAUAUUGCUCGGUAAAUUCGAACAACGGCUGCUCCAGAAACAACGUGUUGGCAGUUUUCGGACCUUUCUGGCGACCAUAAUUUUACUCAACUGUGGUGAAAGAAUGGAAUGGUUAUUCCGGUCGUGGGAAUGCGAGCACUACAUCCAGCGGUGGCCCUUGGAGCGACAGCCAUCCUACUUUGCCUCUCAAAUCGAAACCUUCGCUGGCGUGGUCUCGCAGCAUUUGAAAAUGCGAUCAUUAGCCCCUGCGUUCGUUAUUAUGCCAACGGGCGCUAUCAAAGCUAGGGACGGCAGUGAUAAAGAUAUCGGUCGUUGGUUCGAUGCUGUUAGCACCGAUUACCAAUACCUCCAUGCCCGCCAGGCAGCGGAAUUCGAUGCCAAUGACUCCCGCUCACUCGACCUUAAAUAUUCAUCGAUGGUGGUCCUCUCUGCUGAUUUUUCUAAUGAGUGA